CAACUGUCAACUUUUUAUUGAUGUUUAUUGUUUUCCAUUUGUUUUUCGAGGUUAUAAAAAUACGCAGACUUUCUUGGAAAGUUUUUAACUAUUAUUUUUUACUCAAUAACAUUGCAACUAUUUGUAAAAAAUGUUAGAGCCUUGGAACGACAAAUCUGUUCUACCGCCUCCAAUAAAUACUUCUCCGUGCCAAAUUAAAUUUAGUAUAAAAGAACUUAAAAGUUGUUGUAACACAAUAAUGCGCGUAUUGUCUCAGCAGUCACCACUUCACAAGGAAAGCGCGAUAUUUUCACGAUUUUUAUAUAAAUUUGAUAAAAAAUUUCGCAAUGAUAUUGGCUACAGGAACUUUAAAAAAGUUAAUACCGCUCUUCGUAAAUAUUUGUCUUUACCAUUGACAAAGGAUGUACAAAAUUUCAUUGACAUGUUACCCGAAAAUAAUGAAAUAGAACCAUACAUGCCUACGAGCCAUAUGUUGCAGUUUAUUUUGGUAAGACUGAUGACAUUUUCUAAGUUAAUGUAUAGAAUUGCAGUUUGUUCUAAGCAGGCAGCUAUUUUUUACCUAAAUAGAAUCAAACUAGGUGAGAGUCACUGGAUGUGUCUAAUGCCUUAUGCAUUACUCUGUAGAAUAUGGUCAAUGGUGUUAGUUCUGUUACAACAUUCAUGUAACUGGUAUAACCAAUUGUACCCUUUCCUAAAACACCUGCCCUGUAAAGGAUUAGAUUUUCUACCAAAAGAAUAUGAGUUGCCUGUAGAUUUAGAGGAAUGGAUUGAUCUUAAAAAUCUAGGUCAAACUGGAAGAUUGGAAUGGACUCAAAAAAACAAUAUUAAUAUUGAUACUAUUAUGGUUGAAGAUGAGGAAGGAGAUUUAAAUGAAAAUAUAUUGAAGUAUGUCAAUGAUGUCAAUAAGAAAUCUGAAAACAGUGAUGAUGAUGAGCCAGAAGUACAAAUACUAUUGCCAAAACAUGAGGUUCACUUUGAAAAUGCAUUAAACAAAGAUCAAGAUGAAGGUGUGGCAAUAUCUAGGGAGAGUUUCAAAAAGAUGGUGAGCUUAUUGCCAGCUGAGAGUGCAGAGACCCAUCCUCCAGUUGCAAAAAUAGAACAGAACCAUGCAAUUGAAUAUGUAAGAGACAGAGAUUCAUUAAUAUAUUUCAUAGAAAAUGAAGAAGCAUUUAGAAACAAAUCUCAUGGUACAUCCCUCACUAGUCACUUAAGUUUUAUGCAAUGGCAAGCACUAAAAAUUGCUCUUUUGAAAUUAGAUAGUCCCUUGAUGACUACUAGAAAACUAGAACGGAAGUUAAAAAAGAUUUGGCAAGAAAAAUGCUUAGAGUAUUUAUAAAAAAAAGAAAUUGAUACUGUUAAAAAAUGUUUUAUUUUACUAUCUAUUUUAUAUUACAAAAAACAAUUAAAUUUAAGCACCAUUCUGUAGUUAUAAUUGAAAACAUAAUAUAAUGUAUUUUAAAUUAACUGUUUUAUUUAAACAAUAGAUCAGGUACAUUAUUAAAGACUACACAAUGUGUAUUUUUAAAGAA